GCUAGGGAUUGUUUUCAGCUUUACCUAGCUGAAAAGUCACGUCUUAAAGCCUUUUUUAAAUCUGAUUGUACUAGGGUUGCACUAACCACAGACUGUUGGACUUCGAUACAAAACCUUAGUUAUAUGGCCACCACUGCACACUUCAUUGACACUGCUUGGAAGUACCAAAAAAAAAUUAUUAGUUUCUCUUUAGUUCCAAACCACAAAGGUGAUACCAUUGGCAUGAAAGUCGAGGACGUUUUGAGGGAAUGGGGGCUUAGGAAAGUGUCUACAAUUACCCUGGAUAACGCAACAGCAAAUGAUGUGGCUGUGAGUUAUUUGGAUAGAAGACUUAAGAGCAAGAAUGCUUUACUGGGUGUAGGUGAUUAUUUGCAUAUGAGGUGUGUUGCCCAUGUCUUGAACUUGGUAGUGAGAGAUGGUGAAAAAGAACAUGAAGGGUCUAUUGAAUCAGUUCGCACUGCUGUUAGGUUUGUAAGGUCUUCUCCACAAAGAGCUAUGAAGUUUAAGGAGUGUGUUGAACUUGCGGGCAUAACUUGUAAAAAAAAACUUUGUCUUGAUGUUUCUACAAGGUGGAAUUCCACUUACCUAAUGUUGGAUGCUGCUGAAAAGUUUGAAGCUGCAUUUGACAAUAUGAUUGAUGAGGAUCCUGGAUACAUCGAAUAUUUUGACCUCCUUACCGGUCCACCCGGUUCUCAGGAUUGGAAAAAAGUUAGGGCUUUUGUGGUUUUCUUACAAACCUUCUAUGAGGCAACCAAAGUGUUUUCAACUUCGCAAGAAGUGUCCUUGCAUUUAGCUUUUCAUAACUUGUCUUCAAUUUUGUGUGAGCUUCAAGAAGCUUCAUUUAACUUGAAUUCUUAUGUGGCUCCAAUGAUUUCACAUAUGAAGGUUAAAUAUGAUAAGUAUUGGGGGGAUGUGGGAAAAGUGAAUCAUUUUCUUUACUAUGGAGUGAUCUUUGAUCCUAGGUUUAAGUUUAACUAUAUUGAGUGGUCUUUUAAUGAUAUGUAUGGGCAUUCUAGUGACCUUGCCAAGAAAAAUAUUGAAUGUGUCAAAACUAGUUUGUUUAAACUAUAUAAUUGGCAUAAAUCUGAUCAUGAUAAGAAUGUUGGGGCUAGUCCUUUAAGUGCACCAGGGAGCACUUCCCUUGGAGAAGCAUCUUCCCAACCAAAAGAACCAUCACCUUUUACAAGGGCUAAUGCUUUUAAGAAACAUCUGAAGGAAAAAGACACAAUUGAAAAUGAAAAUGAACUAGAGAAGUACUUAGGUGACCCUUGUUGCGGGGAGGGGGAAAAUUUUAGUAUUCUUAAUUGGUGGAAGGAAAAUUGCACCUGUUAUCCUAUAUUAGCAACCUUGGUUCGGGAUGUGUUGGCAACACCUGUUUCUAGUGUAGCCUCAGAAAGUGCUUUUAGCACGGGGGGGGAGGAUUUUAGAUAUCUAUAGGAGCUCUUUGAGUCCAGAUAUGGUCGAAGCGCUUAUAUGUACUCAAAACUGGUUGAAGCCUUCCGACAAUGAUCUAAAUGUCCUUAAUAUGACUGAAGAAUAUGAGAUUAGUGAAUCAAUUGUUUCAGAGUUUCAAGUAGCUACUGGUGGAGCAGCUGCUCCUACACAGGCUGGGCCUGUUUAAUUCUCGCCUAGCUGUGAAUUUUUGAAUAUUUUGGAGUCACUUUGUGAUUCAAUAAGACAAGCCUUUCUUUUUUGGAGUCAUUUUUUGAAACUAAGGAUGGAACCGUUUCAGUAGCUACUGCGUUUGCUGGUCAUCAGGAAGAUUGUUGUUAUUUCAUAUUGCUGUUGUUAUGAGAAUCAUGACUCAGAAACUUUUUG